GGCCAGUUUCCUACAAUAGCAGGUGGCAUCCUGACCUCAGCAGAGGCGGUGUUCUAUUUCACAGGUACAGGGGAUCUCCAGCCCAAACGUCUGAAAAGAAUUCGGAGCCCAGCCAAAUCCAUGAGCAGCAAAAACUCUCUGGAGCUGCAGAGGACGGCAGUCCUCACAGCCGAGGGCUGCAGCAACACUGGCUUUCAGUGUGAUGACGACUGCUUUGAAAACCAGAACACAUCAGGAAAUGACAACUCACUAAGGAGCAGAGUUGUGCAAAAGAGAGAGCAAGAAAAUGGCAAACAGGGUGAAGAGCAAGUCACCAUUGAGCAGGAUUCUCCAAGAAAUGAUGAAGAUGAGGAGGAUGACCAAGAGACGCAUCAAAAAGGGUGCCUGGAAAGGAAGUGUGGUACAGUUUAUGAUUUUUGUAGGGAACACCAAAGAACCCUUAAGUCCAUGACCUGGGGCAUUUUAAUAGCAGGUUACCUGGCUCUAGUGAUUGCGGCCUGUGUGCUGAACUUUAACAGAGCCCUUCCUCUUUUCGUGAUCACGGUGCUUGCCAUCUUCUUUGUGAUCUGGGAUCACUUCAUGGCCAAAUAUGAAUCUCAAAUCGCUCAGUUCCUCUCUCCUGGCCAAAGGCUUCUGGACAGCCACUGGUUCUGGCUGAAGUGGGUGAUUUGGGGCUGCCUGAUCCUGGGAGUUAUUUUCUGGCUGGUCUUUGACACCGCCAAAUUGGGCCAACAGCAGCUGGUGUCCUUCGGUGGACUCAUAAUGUACAUUAUCCUGACAUUUCUAUUUUCCAAGCACCCAACCAAAGUUUACUGGAGGCCUGUCUUUUGGGGUAUUGGGUUACAGUUUCUUCUUGGGCUUUUGAUACUAAGGACAGAACCUGGAUUUAUGGCUUUUGAUUGGCUGGGGAAACAAGUUCAGACGUUCCUGGAGUACACUAAUGCUGGCGCCUCAUUUGUCUUUGGUGAGAAGUAUGAAGACCACUUUUUUGCAUUUAAGGUCCUGCCCAUCGUGGUUUUCUUCAGCACUGUGAUGUCCAUGUUGUACUACCUUGGAUUGAUGCAGUGGAUCAUUAAAAAGGUUGGAUGGGUAAUGCUAGUGACUAUGGGAACAUCUCCUGUUGAAUCUGUAGUUGCUUCUGGCAAUAUAUUUGUUGGACAGACAGAGUCUCCACUGCUGAUCCGACCGUAUUUACCAUACGUCACCAAGUCUGAACUCCACGCAGUCAUGGCCGCCGGGUUCUCUACCAUUGCUGGAAGUGUCUUAGGCGCAUACAUUUCUUUUGGGGUUUCGUCCUCUCACUUGUUAACUGCUUCAGUUAUGUCUGCACCUGCGGCAUUGGCUAUUUCUAAACUUUUUUGGCCUGAGACAGAAACACCUAAAAUAACCCUCAAGAAAGCCAUGAAAAUGGAAAAUGGUGAUUCAAAGAAUCUCCUAGAAGCCGCAACACAGGGAGCAUCCUCAUCCAUUCCCCUGGUGGCAAACAUCGCUGUGAAUUUGAUUGCCUUCCUGGCCCUGUUGUCUUUUGUGAAUUCAGCCCUGUCCUGGUUUGGAAACAUGUUUGACUACCCACAACUGAGUUUCGAGGUAAUAUGCUCCUACAUCUUCAUGCCCUUUGCCUUCAUGAUGGGAGUGGACUGGCAAGACAGCUUUAUGGUUGCCAAACUCAUAGGUUAUAAGACAUUCUUCAAUGAAUUUGUGGCUUAUGAGAAACUCUCAAAAUUGAUCCAUUUAAGGCAAGAGGGUGGACCCAAAUUUGUGGAUGGUGUGCAGCAAUAUAUGUCGAUUCGUGCUGAGACAAUUGCCACUUAUGCUCUCUGUGGCUUUGCCAAUUUCGGUUCCCUAGGAAUAGUGAUCGGCGGACUCACAUCCAUAGCUCCUUCCAGAAAGCGUGACAUCGCCGCAGGAGCAAUGAGAGCCCUGAUUGCGGGGACCAUCGCCUGCUUCAUGACAGCCUGCAUCGCAGGCAUACUUAGCAGCACUCCUGUGGACAGCUGUCAUCACAUUUUGGAGAAUGCCUUCAACUCCAGCUUGGUUAGAAACACAACCGAUGUAGUAUCUUGUUGCCAGAGUCUAUUGAACAGCACUGUUGCCAACGGUCCCGGUGAGGUCAUCCCAGCAGGAAACCAUAGCCUGUAUUCUUUGAAACACUGCUGCAAUUUGUUGAAUCCGCCAACACUAAACUGCAGUUGGAUUCCUUUUUGAGUUCAGCCACUUCUCCAACAGAAAAAAUGUGAAAAAGGUUUUGGAAUACCUUGAGUAAUUUAUUUGUGUUUUCAUUUUUGUUCAUGCACAAGAGUAAUUUUUUUUAA